UUUCAGUUACAAAACAAUAAUUGUGUGAUUAGUGACGGACCGUAAAAGUUAUAGUGAUUUAAGUGCUAACUCUUUGAUUACCUGUUGCUUUGAAACUAGUUUUUGGUUAAAUGUUUUGUUGCCUAUAAUUAUAAAACUUCACUGAAAAAUCUCUUAACAUUUUUCUCUAAUAAUAAAUAAGUUUCAAGUUUUCAUGUGUUUCUCUCUCUUAUUAAGAGGUUUUGGCUAAAAGUCACUUAAAACACCGCUUAUAUACACUUUUAAUAACGAGUUUGUUAGUAAUAGUGGUGUCUAUCUCUGCCAGUGCUCGACCUUCACCUCCCGGUGCGCUGAGGAGAGAGAGAGAGAGAGAGAGAGAGAGAGAACAGGCAGAGGAAGAAAAUAUGUUUUCUUUUUUUUGCCACAAAAUAUAACCAAACGUGUAGUGCAAUAAUAAUUUGCAAACUUAUAUAUAUCUGUUUCACACUUAAUAUCUUUUUGGGAAAAAAUUAAAAAGUUAUCGUAAAUAUUUGUAGAUUGAUAUUACAUAAAAAACUUUUAUCUAAUUAAUUAUAUAAGCAAUUGUGUUGUGAAAUGUUAGUCGAGAUGUUGUCGGAAGUGAUAUUAGCGAUAACCGCAACACUAUAUUUGAUAAUUUUAUGUGUUUGCUGUCACCCGACACCAGGUCUACUAUGUCACGGACCGUUACCAGGAGUUCAGUACAAAUAUAGCUAUAAAAGUGAAAUAAUUAUGAAUAAUAACGACUAUCGGGAGCCGACCGGCUUCGGUAUUGACUCGCAAAUCAUCGUUGAAAAUAUAUGGCAAGACUCGAGCGGUUAUCUGCUUUCAUUGGCCAUCGAUUGGAUGCAAUUCAAGUCGAGGACGGGAUCCAAGUUUGCCGACGGAAACCGAAUCGACGACUGGAAUCAUCCGCUGUUUGCACAUAUAGACAGCAAAGGGGAUGUCAAACAAGUGGUCGUUCAUCAGUCAGAGACCACUACCGCAUCAAAUAUAAAGAAAUCACUAUUGAAUCACUUGAGGAGUAAAACACCAGAAAAAUCAUCAUUUGAAUGGAUUACAGACGGACUUACCAUAAGUAAGAAGUCGUCGACAACUAAUAGCGAUAUCAAGUCAUUGCUUAAUCCUGAAGUCGAGGACGUGUGGCACGUGUCGGCACAGUUGGCCAGCGAUCACCCGGUGGUCAUCAGUGCCAAUGGCUGGCAAAAUGUCACUUUACAAUCAAGAAUCUAUUCAUUUGCACAUUCAAAACUAUACAAUAGUUUUUCAUUAAAAUUAUUAUCGGAAACAAAAUCGUCGACACAAAAAAUGAGUCAAAUAUCUAUCAGUGAAGCCAUCGAUAGUUUGGGCGAACAAUACAUAGUGUCUCAGAUAGUGAUGACACCCGAAAGGGAAACGUGUCAUAACUGUCAAUCAAUUAGUCAUUUACUGAAAGACACCGAAAACGAAAUUAAAGGCGAAACCAUUGCGUCGAUACCGAUGACAAUAUCAUACUUGAAACUCGUGGAUCGGGUUCGCAGUGGAGGUCCCGGCGCUUCCAAAGAUGAUAUUAUAAAACUAUUAAAAUCGUAUAAAAAAAAGAAAGAUAUUUUUGCAUCGAUUAUCGACAUAUUGGCCGGUUCCCGAACUGAACAGUCACUGUCCGCUGCAUUUGAAUAUCUAAAUCUACCGAAAAGUGAAGACCUUGAUUAUGGCGAACGCUUUUUAGUACAAUUGGCUGUUUCUGUGAUGACCGCCGCGCAAAUGCAGGCCAUACCAUCAUCAACUGUUAUGGCCGAUGAAGUAAUCGGCGAAAUACUUAAACAAACAGAGAUCAAGAAAUGGAAAAAUGAAAAACUAAAACAAACGGCUUUUCUAAUACUCGCCACACUAUUGAGGGCUCAUGUAUUUGAUAUUAAAACUGAUGUCACAAAAAAUAACGAAUUAAUUACAAAAGUUAUCAAACAUUUGGUUACAGAAUUGGAUUUAUGUAAAGAAACGGAUUGUCGAGUUGUGUUACUUCACGCUAUCGGCAACACCGGUGUCAUCCGUGACGGUGUCUAUCAGUCAAUUAAGAAGUACUCGAUCGGCGGUAAACGCGAAUCGAUUGCCGCAAUGAAAGCCCUUCGCGAAUGUCUUCAAUUGUCACAAAUCGACGACAAACUAAAGUCAAGGCUCAGACUUCUGUUAGUACGUGUAGUCUAUGACCAAAACCAGGAAACGACAUCACGUUUUAUAGCGGCAGAGCUUAUCUCGAAAUAUCUUUACGACGAAAAAACAACUAAAGAAUUGAUCAAAUAUUUGCCAGCUUUUGGUAAUAACGAGUUGGCCACUAUCAUCUGGAACCGAGCUAUUUCAUUGGCACCAACAAUCUCAUCGGCUCAUAACAACUGGCAUUUGCAUUCAACCACUUUAAACGGAUCGUCGGCUACCUUCUCGAGAAUAAUGGGCGGAACCAAAAGUAUAAAUGCCUCGUAUAAGGUACUGAUGGAACUGUUAAAUAAAGGAAAACUCUUAAAAGAGUCGGCUUUCGAUGUGGAACUGUCGACACCCGACGGUAACGCCCAACACUUGAUUACUGUCGGAAUGUUUGCUAGAGGUUUACAAUCGUUUGCCGGUGAUUCAGAUGGCAGUGAAGUUGUUGAAGAUAACGAUGUGGGAGAUGAGGAACAAACAAUGGCCGGAAUGUCAUUACGUAUAUUAGAUAUUCAAUUGAGACCAUUCACAUUUUUCACGGGCACCGGCGAACUCAUGGGACACGUUUGGUCGGGCACAGCGUCCGAUCCGACCAAUGCCUUCCAGGGAAACCUAUUGUUAGCCGACUACUGGUCCUCUCAACCACUGAUCAACGGUUUUAUGGUCGACCAAAAACUUCGCGGAAUUCUAUCGCUAGAUCUUAGCGGAGAAAUACAGAUCUCAUUAUGGAAUCGAAACUCUCAUUCUGUGGUUCACACAAAAGGAUCGCUACUAUUCCAGGGCUCACAAACCAUACUGACCUCAGACGUGAAGACUUCGGCCUCCAAACAGUUCUCGUUUGGCGGCAAUACUCAGUUGGACUUCAUUACUGACCUCGACUUCUACUCGACGCCAUUCAAGAUGUGUAUGCAAAUUGUUAGACCAGAGUUCACAUUCAGACAUAACACCCGAAAGUACGAACGGGUCAACAGUGAUAGUCUUCAUCGGCGUAUCCAUCGCCGUAUGAUUAACAUACCGGCCAAGUCCUAUGCCAUGCAUCGGGACAACAAUGAAAUGUGUGCUCUCAUGAAUAGUGAUGAUUAAAAACUGAUUUUUAAAUUUAAUUAAUUUACAAUAAUUGCAAUCAAUCACAAAAAAUUAUCAUUUUUGACAUCUCUAAUCCAAUCAUAGAUCUUCAAUGAAUCUGUUUAAAAAUGUUUACUCAAAUAUAUUAACUUUAAUUUUUGUUGGAAUUAA